ACGUGAACACACAUUCACUCACUGUUGCAGUCAUUUCACUGUCACUUCGUAUUCAAUAUUGUCUUUCAUUUGGUUUGACAUCUGGUUUGCCAUGAAAUCUGAAGAUUCAAAUGUUGGACACAUGGAGGAAGAGGCGCGCAGACGGAAGGAGCGGUUAGAGCGCCUCAAGAGUAAGACCACCAAAGAAAACACGGAUAAUAAUCACCAAAAUUCAGAUGACAAACAAGUUUUGCCGAAACCACAUUUUCGUUCAUAUAAUCCAAAUGACGAGACAUUAAAGGAGAGGUCUUUGCCGAAAGCAAAGCCCGAAUCAGUUGAGGAGCAAAUCAAAGACCAAUUGUUGGAAUUGACUAAAGAAGAGCCGGUGAUCGAUGAAGUGGACUUAACGAGUUUAGCGCCGCGUAAAGUCGAUUGGGAUCUGAAGAGGAAUUUACAGAAAAAAUUGGAUAAACUCGAGAAUAGGACACAGAAAGCCAUCGCUGAACUGAUCCGAGAAAGACUUCGAGAGACGUCGGCAACUGAUUUAGUGGCCGCUACUCAAGACCUCGAGGCCACACAAAAAGCCGACGAUUCCGAUGACGACUGAUCCACUCAUUUGAUUGCAAUUGAAACUGAUUUUCAUUAAUAAAUUGAAACCAUUUUUAUAAUUUGAUUCAUUUUCAUAAAUCAAAUAAACAUAACUUUUAUUUUACCGGU